UCUCCACUCCAGCGAUCAGAGAAGAACUUUUCUUCUGCCUCUUCCUCCUCUGCUGGCUUUUGUCUCUCUGUGAGUGGCAUCGUGGCAGUAAGACAGACAGUUAGUUUAGCACAGCCAGGAGUCAUACUGCCACAGCUAUAGUCGUGGUCCUUAGGAGAAUAUUGCCCACCCACUUCUGGAUCAAGAUGCUACGACGGAAACCAUCCAACGCAUCUGAAAAAGAGCAGACCCAGGUGCAAAAGAAGAAGCUGACUCUGCAAAGGUCCAGCAGCUUCAAAGACUUCAUGAAGCCAAAGCCGUCGUCACCCGUAGUGAGCUCUGAGCCUACACUGGAUGAAACACAUCUGGAGGGUGCACCACCGGAGGAUUCAGGGAAAAGUAACGGGAAACUGGGAAAGAAAUGGAGAAAUGUCAUUACUCGCACAAUGACCCGUAAAACCUCCAAGAUGGUACAGAAAGCCCUUGCAGAGGAGGGGAAUGAGAGUGGGGAGGAUGGCUCUAUGUCUCCCAUGUCUCCAGUUGAAUGGACGCCAGAUCUUACUCCUGGGAACAGAAUAUCUGUGUGCUCCAACAGCUCAGAGGACACAAUACACAGCCCUCUCUCACGUCAGCUCUCUGGAUGUGCUGACAGGCAGAGUCUGGACAGUGGCUUCAGCCAGAGAGACAGUAUGAGAUUGGAGGACAGCACCUACACAGGGCCCUUCUGCGGCAGAGCCCUCGUCCACACUGACUUCACCCCCAGCCCUUAUGACAUGGAAUCCCUCAAACUACAGAAAGGAGACAUCAUCCAGAUUAUUGAGAAGCCACCAGUAGGCACCUGGACUGGUAAACUCAACAACAAAGUGGGAUCCUUUAAAUUCAUCUACGUCACAAUACUACCAGAAGAGGACACACCACCAAAGAGGAAGCGAUGCCGGAGUCAAGGAGGCAAGAACAUGCCCAAACCACAAACCUUGAAGGAAGUUCUGGAGAGAAUAGGCCUAACUGAGCUGGGAUCUCUCCUGUCCAUGCAUGGUUUCCAGAGUUUGGACGAUUUCAGAGGUCUGAAGGAGUCCCACCUGAACGAUCUGAACAUUACAGACCCCGAACAACGUGUGAAGAUACUGAAAGCAGCAGAAUUUCUUCAUGACUCGGAGGACGAAUCCGAUGCAGAGGAGCAAAAGACUGAAAUGCCACGGGACUCGGGUUGUUACGAAAGCACAGAGAACCUGACAAACGGACGUGAAGAGCCCCAGGUGGAAUCCCAACCGGAGCCGGAGACUGAUCCGGACACAGAAACAAAGCUCAAUGCAAUUCAGGAACAACUGGAUGAGAUGAAGGUGGAGGACAGUCCUGAGAGCUAAACAGAGUGAAGCCACCAGAAUGUUCUUCGAUCCUGCUUCUUUGAAACGCCGUCAUCCUCUCUGGUGGAGAGUAUGUCAUAUCCACGUGCUGGAUUAAAUUAAAGAAGGAAAAAAACGUUAAUAUGCACAGCCCAUAUGGAAGCCAAUAGGUCUUAAAACAUGGUAUAGAGAUCUUGAAGGUACCAUCAUUUAUUCUCGCCGAGAUUAUUGUUCAGAAACUGAAACAAAAGAAAAAACGGACUGCAUGACAUGAUAUACCAUGGAUUAAACCUACAGCUGUUAUAACAUCUUAAAAUAAGAAGAAUGCUGGUACCCCAAAUAUUGAUUUUACUCAGCUUAGGUUAAAUAUUUAUGCCAUCUUUUCUGGUAAAUGUGAUGUGUUUGACCUAACUGUGAUUCUCUAAUAUCUGAGAAGUAUCAACAUCAUCAUACCUUUAGCUAUGAAGUAGCAUUUUAUUUACUACUGUUCUACGGUUUCUGCCGGAAUGAAUGUACAGAGUAAAACAACUGGUGCACUCAAAAAUGUUUUUUUCUGUCAGGCAUGAAAGAGGAAAAGCAUAUUGUUCAGUUUUAUUCUUUUGCUUCUGUUCUGGUUCCUGUUUAUGGUAAUAUUUGUUAUAAUACGUUUUCAAAGCCAUUGUUGUUUUGAUUGUAUUCCGUUCUAGCCUCCGUUUGUCAUUUAUACUGAUGUCUGUACUUUCACAGUUUUUUGUUGUUUUUCUUUGAUAGUUGUGUUUAAGAAAAAGAAACAGUUUUGAAAUUACACCACAGAGAGAUUGUAAUAAUACCAUAUAAUUUAAUGAACAUACAUACACACACAAAUUCAUAAGUAGAAAGUGAAGAGUAUGAGGAUAUACAUGAUCACAGUGAUAUUACCAAGCAAAGUGAACAUAACUCAAUUUGUGAUGACGUAUAAUGUGUACGUUAUGCAUCGUAUCCAAAUAUCUAGAGCAGACCAUCAUUUGCUAAUAUUCCAAACGUAUACAUUACACUGACUUGGCAUGAAAGUUUCUGAUUUUGUUGCACCUCAUUUAGUAAAUUAGUUUAUUACGACACAUUUCAUGAUUAAAAAAAGUGGGAUUCAUUCAGCGCAGUUUUAAGCACUUUCCCAUUUACCUUCGGCUUAGCAAAUGAAUAUUCACAUCUUCCAUACACACACGUUCACACCAUAAUACUCACAAAAAACCCAUCUGCUAUAAAUUAAACAUGAUCUAAUAGAAGCACAUUCUGUUGGUUUCUGAACAACUACAUUUCCUGCAAUAAAGAUCUUUUACCCUCAA